GCGAUGUCGGAGGCGGUGGGCACGCCGGAGAGCGGCGGCGGGGGCGGGGUCAAGGAGCAGGAGCGGUUCCUGCCGAUCGCCAACAUCGGGCGCAUCAUGCAGCGCGGCGUGCCGGAGAAGGGCAAGAUCGCCAAGGACACCAAGGAGACCAUCCAGGAGUGCGUCUCUGAGUUCAUCAGCUUCAUCACCAGCGAGGCCAGCGACAAGUGCAUGAAGGAGAACCGCAAGACCAUCAACGACAACGACCUGAUCUGGUCCAUGGGCACCCUCGGUUUCGAGGACUAUGUCGAGCCCCUCAAGGUCUAUCUCAAGCUCUACCGGGAGAAAGUAAAACGCAUGCCAUCCAGAGCUGCCAGUGGUAACUCCGUACUUGCUAGUUCCAUCAACACUGUACGAGGCCUUCUCUGA